CACAGACAUUAUAUUUUGAGAUCAUGUGAUGGUACAUUCAACUAUAAAGUUUGAAGAAACAAUAAUAGUUUUGAAACUUUUAAAAUUAUCACAACCAAAUUAAAACAAAACGUGAAUCUUUAAUUAAGGUUUUAUUAAGGAAUGGAGUUGAACUUAAACUAUAUACAUUUAUGUAAUCAAAUUAUAUGAACUGGAUUUUUUUAUUUAGUUUGAAAAUGUAUUACUUAAAUUAAAAAAAAUAUAUAAAAUAUAUGUUGACUUUAGUAUUUAUAAUUAAUAUGUUUCUUAAAAAAUAUUUGUUGACUAAAUUAUGUUCUAUUUCAUAGGCUAUUCGAUUUGGAAGGAUUUAUUUUGUUUCUAAUAGAUUUAUGUUUUGAAAAUUUUGAAUAAGUUUAAUGCAAGUGCCACGAGAAAAGUUAGAGGUUUAGUUUUAAUAUCUAUCGACGUUGUUUUAGAGCAAAUGUGAGUAUAUAUUGAUAUAAAAUAUGUACUCUAAGAAUAUCAAAAUUGAGAGACUAAACUUGUAAUUUUCAUCUGCUUUCCUUUAGUUAACCGUUUUGGGCUUUGAAUGGUGGCCCAUAUACUAACUUUUCAUUUUCUUUGGAAGCCCAUAGUAAAGUUGAGUUGCAAUUACAUUAGGUAGCCUUUUUUUUUUUUUUUUUUUUUUAAUAAAAAUUUCUUAUUUCUUGAACUUAAUAAAACUUUAUUGUCUUUUUAUCCUUUGAUGAUAUAUAUAUAUAUAUAUAUAUAUAUAUAUAUAUAUAUAUAUAUAUAUAUAUAUAUAUAUAUAUAUAUAUAUAUAUAUAUAUGUGGCUUGUGGAUUAUCUCUUAUUUACCUCUUAUAAUUAGAUAAUAAAAUUAGGGAAAAAAUUAAUAUAUUUUUAUAAAUAAUUUCAACUUAUUUAUCGACAUUAAAUUAGACUAAUGUGAAUUUGAUUAAUUGUAUUAUUCAAGAUUUCAAUCGAUUCCAUCAAAUUUGAUUCUAUUGUUAUAGUCCAAAAUUCGUUAACUAUAAUGAGUAAAUCUGGAUCAUGUUUGAUAACGAACCAGAAAUCGUUGAUCCUCCUAUAUUUGUAAUGCACCCUAAAUUAUCUAGAAGAACUAGCCAUAUAAAUCAUUUUAUUACAUUCUAAACACACAUACAUAUAUAUAAAUUAUAAAAUUACAUAGCAAAGGAUUUAUGAAAAAAAAAAAUUAGAGAAAACAUCAACAUGGGGAAAAACAAAGCAUCAUAACUUUACUUGGCAAAUAUGCUCUUUUUUUUUUCUUUUUUUUUUUUUGUAAAAGCAAACUUUAUUAGAUCAAAAGCAUUGACAUCAAAUUCUCUUCUUCUACUCAUAAAAUAAAAAUAGAGUGAUAUAUUCAAAAUCUUAAAAGGUUUCAAAACUUUGCUAAUUUGGCUAUCUACAAAAUCUAAUCCAAUGACAUAUCAUCAUCUGUUAAUCUUUCUUCCUUGAAAAGACCAAAAGAUAAAAUUUUCAAUAGUUUCCAAAAUUAAAUCUAAGAUUUUUAAAACAUUGAUAAUCAAUAAUUUUACCUAAAAUAAGACUAUUUUUAAUUUGAAUAUAACAUUAAAUCUUUUUCAAGUCCAAAAUUAAAUAUGAGAAUUCAAAAGAUAGAGCGACUAAAAUAUAAAAGAAAAAAAAUCAAUAUCAAAAUGAAGGUUUCAAGAGAGUGCAACCUAUAACAGAGAAAACCAACACACAAAUGUGAUUGUAGUAAAUUCUAGUUUCCCUCUUUCGCAUCUGUCCUGGUCCUGGUCCUAGUCCAUUUUUUUUUUAUUUUAUUUAUUUGAUUUGUUCUUAAGAUUAAAAAAUUCCUCAUAAACAAAAAAAUAUAUAUAUACAUAUCGAAAAUACAAAAACUAAUAUAGACGAAAAUUCCAAAAGGAAACAAACUAAUAUUUAAACUCAAAAUGAAAAUUGAAAAAAAUAGAAACAAUGUAAUCAAUUCAAACAUAUCUUGAUAACUAUAACUUAAGUAAAUUAUUCAAAAUUUACCAUUUCACGUUUAUUACACUUAAAAACAAAACUCAUAGAUAAAAAAUCUUAACGUACUACUAUUUCAAAAGAUCAAUAGUUCAAUCUCCAACUGGUCCGAGAAUGGUUGCACUAAAUAAUACAAAGUAAGGUUGAAAAUAGAAUAAAGGUAGUUAGAAAUUAGAAUACUAAAAUAGGCUUUUGGAAAGAAAAAAAAUCACCUUUGAUGUUCUGACUGACUUGUAAAGUCCGUCUUCCCACUCUCUCACCACCCAUUCCCUUUUCUACCGGAUCCACUCACCCACCAUUUUCAUUCCUCCAUUCACACAAACACACCAAAUCAAAUUCGAUGUAUCCCAUGCUUACAUUCUUUGUGGCGGCGUUUGUUGCUGCCGUCGUUGCUAUCAUCUUCUCCCUCCCAACCUCUCUUCUCAAGCUCGAUCAGGUCCUUGCCCCGCCGCAUAUUCCCGGAACCCAUGAUUAUCUUCAUUCCGCCACCGUUAUUUCUGUCACUGGAGCAGUCGGACCGGAGAGUUUGAUUUUUGACCCGAAUGGUGAAGGUCCGUACACUGGGGUUGCUGAUGGCCGGAUUCUCAAGUGGACAGGUGAUGGCCGUGGCUGGACUGAUUUCGCUGUUACUAGCUCUGACAGGAGUGAGUGUGUUCGCCCUUUUGCACCUGAAUUGGAGCAUGUUUGCGGGAGGCCAUUAGGACUGCGUUUCGAUAAGACAACUGGAGAUCUCUAUAUCGCUGAUGCCUAUCUCGGUCUUCAUGUUGUGGGACCUGGUGGAGGUUUGGCAACAAAACUUGUGAGUGAAUUUGAAGGCAAGCCACUUCGUUUCACAAAUGAUCUAGAUAUUGAUGAGGAGAACGAUAUCAUAUACUUCACUGACAGUAGUACAGUUUUCCAAAGAAGACAGUUCAUGGCGUCGAUAUUGAGCGGAGAUAGUACGGGAAGGUUAUUUAAGUAUCACCGAGCUAGUAAACAAGUUACGGUUCUAUUACAAGGCCUUGCCUUUGCCAAUGGUGUUGCAUUAAGCAAAGACCAUUCCUAUGUGCUUGUGGUUGAGUCCACCUCUGGCAGGAUCCUCAGAUUUUGGCUUCAAGGUACUGAAGCAGGAAAUUUUGAUGUUCUCGCUCGGCUUCCAGGCUUUCCUGACAACAUUAGAAGGAAUCCGAAAGGUGAAUAUUGGGUUGCUUUGCAUUCAAAAAAGGGAAUUAUUGGGAACUUGGUUACUUCAACAUCUUGGUUUGGGAAACUUCUGUUGAAGCUUCCUAUUGAUUUCAAGCGAUUGCAUGGGUUGUUGGUGGGAGGGAAGGCCCAUGCAACUGCUGUUAGGUUGAGUGAGGAAGGAGAGGUUUUGGAGAUUUUAGAAGAUUGUGAAGGGAAGACUUUGAAGUUCAUUAGUGAAGUUGAAGAGAAGGAUGGAAAGCUUUGGUUUGGAUCGGUUUUAAUGCCAUUCGUUGGUGUUUAUGAAUCGAAAUAGACUUGUUUUCCUAAGCUAUUUCUCGAAACACGAUUCGAGUAGAUAGUUUUCGCUCUCGCUUCUUCUUCUUCUUGUAAUUUUAGUUUUUUUUCCCUUUUUGAAAUAGAUAAACAUUCAUGUAGAAGAUCAUAAAAAUGGCUUUGGAAGAAAGCUGAAGCACAGCUCUCUUGGUGAUCUAACUUUUGGUUAAUAUAUUAAUGGAUUUUGAAACUUUCUUCA